GGUGCGUCCUCGUGCCUAAUGGGGUCGGCAGAAGAAGGGGGGAAAAGCGGGUGGUUGAGCAAGACCCCGCAGCCCAGCUGGGCGCAAGUGAGAAAGGAAUGGCUCGCGGCGGCGCAAGCGGGGCUGGGGCGGCGCGCGCCUGGCUGAGGCGCUCUGCUCGCUGCCGGGACGCGAUCGGAACUAGCGCGCGCCGCCUCCACGCCACCCUGAGCAGCAACAGCAGCCGCCGCCGCCGCCGCCGCCGUCACCGCUUCCCUUCCUCCCCCUGCUCCUCCUCCUCCUCCUCCUCCUCCUCGAGCUGUUGAGGCGCAGGUUUUGCCGGGCGAAAACGUCUCCAAGCUCCCGUCGCGACUCGUUUCAUUCCGCCUGGGCGCUGGGGCGCAGGAAAAGGCGAGAGACUUAUUCUUGCCCCGAUAGCCGCCUCUCCUGCUCUUGCUCGUCGCCUCAGCUCCUGCCCGUCGCUGCCGCUUCCCGAGUGCUUUCUCCGCCUCAGCUCCAGCAAAGAAAGGAAGCCUCCUUUCCGUCGGGGGGGACGGCUCCUUCUUCGCUCCCUCCCUCCUUCCUCUCGCCUUGUCUCUCUCUCUCUCUCUUUUUUUCUCCCUUCCUUUCUGAGGGUGGGAGGGGAGAAGAAUAGGAGCCCGGCGAAGGAAGCCAGCCGCGCUCAGCCCGCCCGCCCUGGGUGUGCGUGAAAGAGCCAUGCGAGAAUACAAAGUGGUCGUGCUUGGCUCUGGCGGGGUGGGCAAAUCCGCUCUCACCGUCCAGUUCGUGACGGGCUCCUUCAUCGAGAAGUACGAUCCUACCAUCGAGGACUUUUAUCGCAAGGAGAUCGAGGUGGAUUCCUCGCCGUCGGUACUGGAGAUCCUAGACACGGCCGGCACGGAACAGUUCGCCUCCAUGCGGGACUUGUAUAUCAAGAACGGGCAGGGCUUCAUCCUGGUUUACAGCCUGGUGAACCAGCAGAGCUUUCAGGACAUCAAGCCCAUGAGGGAUCAGAUCAUUCGGGUCAAGAGGUACGAGAAGGUGCCCAUGAUCCUGGUGGGCAACAAGGUGGACCUGGAAGGCGAGCGGGAGGUCUCGUUCGGGGAAGGCAAAGCUCUGGCCGAGGAGUGGAACUGCCCCUUUAUGGAAACUUCAGCCAAAAACAAAGCCUCGGUGGACGAGCUCUUUGCCGAGAUCGUCCGGCAAAUGAACUACGCUUCCCAACCCAACGGGGACGAUCAGUGCUGCUCUUCCUGUGUUAUCCUCUGAAAAGAAAGAAAGAAAAAAAAACUAGGGUGGGGGAAGAGCACAGCGGCGCGUUGCUUUAUGUGGUGUUUUUUUUUAAUUAUUAUUAUUUCCUUUCCUUUCUUUUACAUUUUGAAAUUUAAAAAAAAAAAGGUUUACAGCCAACAGCACCACAAGAAAAGGUGGCGGCAGCUGGAGCAGCAGUGUUGUCAUUCUGUGAAACUCCCAAGCCUUUGAAACAAAUUUUUGCAUUACAACCCGGAUCCCUUCCAGGUUAUAGUUUAUAUACUCAUGCUGCUGCGGGUGGUUUGUCGGUGUCAUGAGUACGCAUUGUCUCUCGUUAACAUCUGAUCCCUCCCAAGGAAAAGAAAAACUACAAAAAAAAAAAAAUAUCUCUUUGGAAAUGUGGCGCUUUCCGCAUGUACAUGCCAGCGGUUUGAUUGUUGCUUAUUUCUUGUACUUGCCUCAGUUGGGAGGAUUGUAUUGGCCAUUGAUACACCAGUAGGAAAAGUUCCUGUGUUGUUUGCAGCAGGGGCAGCGGGAGGGAAUUAAGAAUUGCAUUAUAACUGGAAGAUUAAACACGCAGAGACACACCUAUAAGAAUCGAAGGGAAGCAUCGAAGGAAGGAAGUACAUGUGGAGGAAGUUCAAAUCUUUCACACUUGUCAGCCUGAAAUUAGCUAGUGAUUAGGCAAUUUUUGAUUUUGAGGAUUUCUAUGCAAAGUUGGAAUAUUUGUUACCAUGCUUAUCUCGUCCGAAGAAGUAUUGCACAAGUACUGCCUGGGACUUUUAAUAAUACUGAUGCCAAUACAGCGCAUGAGGUGCCACAGAAAUAUCUGCUGAUUACUUGUGAAAUCUAUUUUGUUUACUUGUUGUAUUGAAAGGGAAGGAAUGAAGAGCA